GUGCCGACUGGCAUUAUGUAAUUGACGCACGAAUAUAAGAAGCGUGUGAGCCAUUGCUGGCACAGUAGUUGUGUGCUGACAUGUAUCAUUCCGUAUACUUUAUAUCGCAGAAGAAUACAACAUGAAUUCGCUCUCAGUGUUGCUCGCCAUUACCUUCGGGGCUACUCUGAUAUCGGCUGGCGACAUCGGUAGUUCGACUAGAAACUUCAGUGGCCUCAGGGUAGGUUUUAUCGGAGGAGGUUAUGGAGGCCGGGGCCACGUUCCGAUUUCAGCUGUUCCCAUAACCGCUCCCGCCCUCCAGCAGAUCGGCGUCGCCAAGCUGCAGCGCGUAAAUUAUGUCCAACAACCAGUCGUCAACGUCAACUACGUUCAACAGCCGCUCAUCUCGUACGUGACCCGGCCGGUGAAGUCGGUUUCGUACGUAGCCCGUCCAGUAGUUUCGUAUAGCGCUCAUCCUAUCCUGGCCCCCGCCAACCCUGCCUUAACGUCGACGGCAGCUGCUUCAGUUGCCGCUGCCACUCCAGCCGCGAUCGGGAGUUCUCUUGGUAUCAUUGGUGGGUCCUCAGGGAUUGGGCAUGCUGAGCCUCUUGAACUCGCUGGCUCCAUUGGUUCACCAAUUACCCCUGCUGUAUUCGGGGCCCAUGCUAAGAUCGCUGCUCCAGGAAUCUUUGCCGAGUCUAUUGGGUCGAUAGCUGGGGCUGGACCUAUCGCUGGCCCUGUAAUUAUCGGUCCAACUAAAACAAGCUAUGGUGGUUGGAAGAAAUCAUGAAAUUUUAUUGGUUGCACGACGUAUGUGUACC